CAAGAGACCUCAGCACUGCAUAAAGUCAGGACUUUCCUACACUACAGCCUUACUUCAGACAGAAUAUCUGACAUGGAACAAGACAUCUCUAAAUCAGUUGAGGAAGAUCUUGCAGAAGCCAUACAAGAAAUAACACCACAAGAAGAAACGCUGCUAAAUUCAGAUGUUCCUAGUUUGAAGACAAGUAAAAAGAUCAGUGAAAAAUUAGAUGACACAGAGAAGGAGAAAGAUGAAUUACAAAUUGAGGAGGUGAAGGCAGAAAGAUCGAAGGAUACAAGGGAUAGACAAAAGACGCGGCAGAAACCAAGUACUGAAGCACCAAAGGAGAAAAAACCCAGCAGCAAGAAGGUUGAGGAAGUGAAAUUGGAAAAAGUGGCUGUUGAAAAAAUUCAGGCGAGACACAUUGGUGAAGAGGACCCUUGGGCACAGAUCACUUUGAACAGGUGCAUCAUUGCUGCUGCUGCUAUUGUGGUUUUCAGCAUGGGUGUCCAACUGAUUGUAGGUAUUUUUGAUGUCGAUGAGGCAUCAAUGUUGGUGUACUCUGACAACAGUUUCCUUGAUGAUGAAGAUUUGAAAUUGGCAGAAAGGACUUUGCUCGAGGAUCAGGAAGUGACUUCAGACACUGAGGAAGGCAUCAGUGAACUUGAGAAGUUUUCUCCUCAAACUCCUGCCAGAACUGAAUUGAAAAAGACAUGUAUUACCCUGAAGGGAAAGACAGGAGGCUGCAAAGUUGAGAUGGCCGAUAAAAAGCAGAUCUCUCCACACAUUAAAGAGAUCAAAGGCAUUAAAAGUAGUUACAAGCCAAGAGAAAAAGACUCCGAACCCAGGUCCAGUAAGGACAGGAAAGAUCAUAAGAUCGAGUUUGAAAAGAAAGGUGAUAAGCACUUCAAGAAGGAACAAAAGGAGGAUAAACACAGGGGCCACCUUGAGCAGCACUUCAAAGAAGGAGACACCAAGAAGUUUUCCAAGGGCAAAGAGGGAUGCGAUAAGGGGAGUAAAUUUAAUCAGCACCAUUUUCCAAGACGACAUGAGAAAAAUGUUAAACAAGAAACAUACAGCAAACACCAAGGCCGUUAUAAAGACUUUGAAAAGCACAAGUACUUCUUCAAGCAAAAUGACAACAAUAAACAUGACUACAAAGUUCAUAAAGAAUAUAAUAAGUACCGGGUAGGCAAGCACGGUAAACAUUAUGGAAUUGAAAAAAUUUUUAAGAAGGAUGGGAUGGGAAAACACUUCGGUAAAAAUAAAUUCAAAGAAAGCAGAAAGCAUGAAUAGUUAGGUUCAAGAUCAAGCUAUAUGCAGUCAUUAUGACCCACAGUGUCUAGAAAUAUUCCCUUCAUUUAGUAAAAAUUCUAAGCAGAAAUGCUAAUUUAUAUCAGUGAAGUGUAACAUUUCUAAAGAAAAGUACAGUUACCAUUGCACCAAAUACAAUCUCCUUGUAAGAAAUAAUGCUGGAAUGUGAAGUUAAACUGUUUUUAAUAUAAUGUUGCCAUGAAGGUGUUUUAGUCAUUUGGGAAAGGAGCCAUUCAGGGAUUAGAAGCAGUACCUAAUCUCCACUCUGGAACAGGGACUGAAGAAGGGUGGCAAGGAAAUGGUUGGAACUCCUGUUUGCUAAACUACAACUAUAGUAUAUGAAAUUAUACUAUGUGUUUUUGUGUUCUCAUAUUUUAAUGGUGGAUUAAACAACGCAAAUA